CGAUAGAGGAGUUGUCAUCAAACCAGGAUCUUCCAACAAUUAUGCCAAUGUCAUUUAAGUUUCUAAUGGUUAUAUCGGUGCUGUCUUUGAAGGAUUGAGAUGCUCUAAUACUGUUGCUUUCUAAUUAGUUUCUGUCUCCUCAAAUGCCUACCCACCUGUUAGUAGAUCAUCUAAUAAUGCAGAUAUUAUUAACACAAUUCAAAGAAUGGAUACUAGAGUAUAUAUUGAUAAUGUCUAAUUUGAUGGAUACAGAUUGGCUUAUGAUCAACACCCAUAAUGCAGUAAUAAUGCUGUCUUUAGAUAAAAUAUUUAUGCAUUGGAUGUGGUUGGUCAACAUUACUUGACUAAUACAAUAUGUUAAAAUUGUGAAUUUAAUGCAUUACUGUAUAGUUUGAGAAAUCCAAAUUAUGCUAAAUUAGGAUGGUAUGGAGGUUGUGGUCAAAUGGAAUGCAUUGGUUAAGUUAACUUCUUAAUUGAAGAUUAGACUGGUAGCUUCUUUGGUGAAAAAGGUUAGGCUAUUGGUAAUAAUUCAUAUUUCGGUCCAAGUGCAGCAUAUUGCAGUAGAUAAGAAUAAUGGAAUGGAUAUUGGUGCCCCUUAUUUAACAUUGGAGUCUUGAACUUCCUUAGCACAGCACCAGAUCAAAAUUUAAGACUAUUUUCACCAACUACUUUAAUGGGAUCAGGAUUCAAAAAUAUAUUGAAUGCAUUUGCUGAAUGGAAUUGGAAUGGACCUGAACCUUAAAACUCCAGAGAAUCCAAAUUUGUUGGAUUGAUUUAAAUCAAUACUACAAUCAAUAUGACUAAUAAGGGAGAGAAUCCAACAAAUUCAGAUUAUUGGUUAAGUAAGAGAACUAUCGCUGGACCAAAUAAUGAAUGGGUGAUCAUUGAAUUACAAUUUGAUGUUCCUAAUAUAGUGUAAGUCAGUGCCGAUGGUAAAUUAGUUUAACCUGGAUUAACAAGAGUAAUUUUAUAAUAUAAUAUUUUAGAUUAAUUAACAUAUGAAUUUAAUGGAAUACACCAAUGUUUGUGGUUCAAAUAAUUAUUUCUAUGAAAAUCGUACAAUUCAUUUUGUUGCGACAACUGGUUGCAAAGUGUCUCUUUCGAUUAAAAACACCUUAAUGAUUUCUACUAGAUUGGAAAUAACUACUUAAGAAUUCUUUGGAGAUAAAUUCUUAUAAUAUGCAUUUGCCCUUCUUGGAGAUGAUCCAUAUAAUUACUUUAUUGUUGGAACUUACAAAUCAAAGAACAGAAGAUUUUUAUCUAACUUUGUUGAUGUUCAAUGGGCUAUAAUUGAUAAUGCUGAUAUAGGCACAGUUGAAGCUCAAAGUUCUCAAUCAAAUCUUGAAUAAAUUGCUGCUAAUCUCCAAUCGUUUAACCCUGUUGAAUUAGGAACAGUCAUCAGCAACACUGCGGAAAUAUAAACUAUUAGCUCUUUGAAUUUCACUUCAACUGAGCAACCUGAUCCUUCUGCCAACAACUCUGGUUCACCUUCUGGUUCUAAUGAUCCUUAUUAUGGAAAUGAACCAGUGAACUAAGGAGAUGAAGAAUACGUAGAUCCGACUCUCAAUGAUGAUCUCCUUCAACAAAAUGAUUAUGUUGGCAAUUCUAAUGAUGAUUCAAGUGAAGAAAAUGUCUUCUAAAACCAAACUAAAAAAGGACUCAAAUAACCUUAAGACAAUUCAAACGAUAAUAUUUUAUUGAUUUCAGUUGUUUGCGCAGUGGGAGGUGUAGUUUUGAUUUCAUUAAUCAUAUCUGGUGCUUUAUGGAACAGAAGAUAGAAUGUACUUAAAACCAGAGUUCACUAAUAAAGUAGCCCAGAUAUUCUGUCAAAACCAGAGUAAAUAGAUGAUGACAUUGUGCAAUACAAUAUCUGA